AUGCAGCUUCCUCGACUGCCUCAAGGUGUGCCGCGCUAUGUGCUAAACACUGGUAUCGCUAUCUUCGUGCUGUCGCUGGUGCUGUGGUCGAUCAAUGCCCUGAACAUCGCUAGCAUCGGCAGCCUGCGGGGACGGCUGACCCAGCCUCUGCAUCUGGAUGAGCAUAAGGAUGGAGAGCACAACAAGGGCCAAUUGCCCUCCAAGCUUGACGCAACAACAGACCGUCGCUGCCAUGCCGUCCCCAACCCUCCAGAUGUCGCCGUGAUCGUAAAGACCGGCGCCAACGUGCUCUACGACAAGGUUCCCUUGCAACUGCUGUCGGCCUGGCGUUGUGCCGAAGAUCCGCUUAUCUUCUCCGACCUUGCCACAACGCUCGGCUCGUAUCAAGUUUAUGAUGUCCUGGACAAUGUCACCGAGGCUGUGAAGAACAGCCCGGAUUUUGAUUACUAUCGCAAAUUGCAGGAUUACAAGAAGAACGGCCAGGAUGUCCGAGAACUCCGCAACGAAGGAGAAGCCGGAUGGAAGCUGGACAAGUACAAGUUUAUCCCCAUGCUGAAAAAGACGUGGACGAUGCGACCAAAUCAUGACUGGUAUGUCUUCCUCGAGGGAGACACGUAUGCAUUUUGGACGAACAUGUUGUUAUGGUUGCAGCAAUUUGACCCGAAUGGACUUUACUACUUAGGAGAGCAGACCUAUGUCAACAAUGAAGGCUUCGCUCACGGUGGAAGUGGAUUUAUCAUAUCUAGAGGUGCCAUGGCCAAGGUUCUCGACGAUGACCCCGACAUCACCAUCCGCUACGACUCAAUUGCCCAGAGCGAGUACUAUGGCGAUUACGUUCUAAUGAAAGCGUUGAAAGAGAAAGGGGUUGAAUUGGGUCUCUACAAACCGAUGCUGCAAGGAGAGCCGCCCAGUUCAUUGCGCUACGGCCCAGGCCGCUACCAUGAAGAAAGAUACUGGUGCCAACCUCUCAUCUCGUUGCAUCAUGUUACACCCCUCGACGUGGACACUGUCUGGCAGUUUGAACAACAUCGAGAAGACUUAUCGAAACCCAUCCUGUUCGCCGACAUGUAUCAGCAUUUCAUGGCUGCCCACCUUCCUGAGGGUAGUGAUGAGCUUGAAGACUGGUAUAAUUACUCAGAUGAUGUUCACAUCCGAGGCCCUGAUGAAGAAGACGAAGAUCGACCCAUACCACCUGAAGAGAUGACACCGACGCAAGAACAGGCCUACUUGUCUGCCGAACACUGUGCCGCUGCUUGCGCCGAGUAUUCUCGUUGCAUGCAAUAUACAUACGAGUCCUCGGAACAGAAAUGUUCCUACUCGUUCUCAUAUCGCUUCGGCGAGAAGCGUCCCCCGAAAUCUGAUGGCAAGAGAUAUAAGUCUGGCUGGAUCAGGUCGAAGAUUGAAAAGGAUAUAGAAGAAAACCCUUGCCAAUCGGUAGUCUGGAAGGGAUUCCAUACUGCUUAAGCAAUUUGGUUUUCGGAUGUGUACAUUUUGCAUUUCUGGCGUUGGUAUUCGAUAUCUAGUAUACACAAUUUUACCAUGUACAUUUGUUGGAAGGUAGCCAAUCCUUCGGUUUAUGAGCUACGUUCAUGUAGUAUAUUCCUUUUUAGAACAACGCACAGCAUUACCCGUAUUCC